AUGGUUGCUUUGACGUUUGAGCAGCUCGAAGCUCGACUCGAAUUCAUCUGCUCUAUCGUUUCAUCGAUUUAUUGCAUCGUUUUCUCGACCCGCUUCAGGGGUAAACCGCCGCGAGGCUCCCAGAGAGACCUCUUCCACUCGAGAAGAGGCACAGAGUUGUCCAAGGCCUAUCCUGAUCAAGGCCAGCCACUGGUUCUUAUCCCAUAA